AUGGAAGCUUUACUGUCUUCUACAAUUUUUGCAGCAAUUGAUCCACCUAAAUUGAAUAUUUCUGCUCCAAAAUGGGCCAAAGUAAGGUUAUCUUUGUUGUUAAAGGGGUUUUACAGGCAAUAAUUUAUAUUUUUUGGUAUAAUAUCAUUGCUAAAUUUAUGAUUUUAGCUUCCAUCUGCUAAUCAAACCUUCUUUGUGAGUAUUGUGAUCUACUUUUUGGUAACUGCUGGUAUUGUAUAUGACAUUAUUAAUGAACCUCCCAGUAUCGGUAAGUUGAGAUUGUUUUUUUAUUAUGUUAAAAUAGGUACAACGGUGGAUGAAAGAGGAAUGCAAAGGCCUCAGGCUAUUAUGCCGUACAGAAUCAAUGGACAAUAUAUUAUGGAAGGUCUUGUGGCCAGUUUCAUGUUCAGUCUGACUUGUAAGUUCUUUCAUGCUCUAUUAUAUAUUCAUUACUCAUGUUUUAUACGUUUUUAAGUAGUUUUUUGUUAUUUUUACUAUGAGAGAAGCUAUAAAUGUUUUGUAGGUUAAACCUAAAGUAAUAUUUGGAACAAAAAAACUAAAAUAAUAUCUGAUACUUAAAAAUCUAAUUUCAGCUAUUGGAUUUAUUGUUUUGGACAAAGCUAACAGUUCCCACAUGGCCAAGAAGAACCGUAUCAUUACGAUUGGAGUUGGAAUGGGGCUUGUGGCUGUUGGAUACUUGGUUACUCGGAUGUUCAUGAAGAUCAAGAUGCCUGGUUACUUAUACUAG